CAUUCACACAACUCAGAACUUUUUCAACGCAUCAGAAUCAAACAACUUCGGUCGGCGAAUACUUCUAGAUUCAGAAUUUCGCAUCGACCAUAUCAUCAUACUAUAUGUAUGUAUCUAAUAAAUGUUUCCCUCACUUCUUCGCUAAUUUUUAAGAUUACUUCCAUUCAUUCUAUUUUUUUCAUUAACCUAAUAAAACACGAUGAGCACUUCUCAACAACGUUAUCUCCUCUUCGCUUUCACAACGUUAAUAGUUGUCUUCAGCUUCAACACUUCACCAGUCUCAGCUCGUUUAUUUCCCAACGUGUCUUCCAUCCCAACCUGGAACUCCUCCCACGCGCCACCGGGUGGCGCGUGGAAUGCUUAUCGCAACUUCACCGGAUGCCGCCCGGGAAAAACAUAUAACGGACUUUCAAAUCUGAAAAACUACUUUCAGUAUUUUGGCUAUAUCUCGAAAGCGUUGUCGAAGUCAUCCAACUUCACGGAUGACUUUGACGACGCGCUCGAGGCAGCCAUCAAAGCCUACCAGAAGAACUUCAACCUCAACAUCACGGGCGAGCUUGACGACCCUACGAUGAAUCAAAUCGUCAAGCCACGCUGUGGCGUGGCUGACAUCAUCAACGGAACCACAACAAUGAACUCCGGGAAGUCAAACACCACUGAUUCACCGAAGUUUCACUCGGUGGCUCAUUAUUCAUUCUUCGACGGCCAGCCGCGGUGGCCGGAGGGAACGCAAGAACUAACCUACGCCUUCGAUCCGGACAACGCUCUCGACGACGUGAGUAAGACCGUGUUUGGCAACGCGUUUAGCAGAUGGUCUGAGGUGACCACAAUUUCUUUCCGCGAAACGUCGUCGUACGCGGCUGCGGACAUAAGAAUAGGGUUUUACGGUGGGGACCACGGGGACGGUGAGCCUUUCGACGGCGUGUUGGGCACGUUGGCACACGCGUUCUCGCCGACGAACGGGAGGUUCCAUCUCGACUCGGCGGAGGACUGGGUGGCCUCCGGCGACGUGACAAAGGCGUCGCUGUCGAACGCGGUGGACCUUGAAUCCGUCGCGGUGCAUGAGAUUGGGCACUUGCUAGGGUUAGGGCACUCUUCCGUCGAAGAUGCUAUUAUGUACCCUACGAUAACCGCGAGAACAAGGAAGGUGGAGCUCAAUGAAGAUGAUAUUCUAGGGAUUCAGGUUCUCUACGGUUCCAACCCUAACUUCACGGGAACUCCUGCUACGUCUUCGCGACAGAGCGACACGAGCGACGGUGGUGUUAGGCACGUGGGAGUCACGGGCGCUGUGCUUUUCACCUUCCUUUUGUUCUUCUUCGUGUUUGGAUUGCACGUGUGAUUUUUGGUUGGACGGGGUUUUCGGUUUAUUUGGUUGUUGGGUAGUUCUAUACAGAUACGCACGUGUAUACUUUUGUACUAUGAUUCGUCAGCAUUAAUUCUUCAUUCUUUUUGUGUGAUAGUUGAUUACAGAAUAAUGAUAUACUGUUCCAUAAAUAAUUCUACCAAAGUAAAUGAAUCUAACAUGCUGCAUUGCAUUUUAUA